CUGACCCCGCCGUCACCCCCCGGCCCCGCCGCGACCCCUGACCCCGCCCCUCCCCGCCCGGGGCUUCCGGGAGCGGCGGGAGCGGAGCGGAGCGGGGCGGCCAUGCAGGCGGGCGGCGAGGCGGGCGGGCGCGUGCAGGCGCUGCAGCGGGAGGUGGAGGGCGUCAAAACCAUCAUGACCCAGAACGUGGAGCGGAUCCUGGCGCGGGGCGAGAACCUCGAGCAGCUCCACACCAAGAGCCAGGACCUGGAGGCCACCUCAGAGCACUUCAAGACGACGUCGCAGAAGAUGGCCCGCCGGUACUGGUGGAAGAACGUGAAGCUGCUCGUCAUCCUCGGCCUCGUGGGCGUCAUCAUCCUCAUCCUCAUCAUCCUCCUGGCCACCGGCACCAUCCACACCUAGAGCCCCCCCCACCCCGUCCCCACCCAUGGGGACCCCCCAGCCGCCCGCGUGUCCCUGGGGAAUACAGGGGUGACAAGCUG